GGAGGAUAGCUUUCACACACCGCAGCAUACUACGAUGGGAGGCGGGCACAUGGGAUCAGGUAGUACAGACCUGCAUUUGGACGUCGAUGAGUGGGAGCGUGUCAAUCAGCAGCUUCAGGGUCAGGUCUUCCAGACAUCUAAUUGGGCAUAUGAGCAGCAGCGACGAGAGGGUGCACCGGAUGAGCAUGUUCAGUCUCAAGUAGAUGAUAUGUUCGGCACACAGGAUCAGGAUGAUGGGCCGGAGAGAGAUGAGCAGUUGCUUCCACAAGACAGGAGGCCAGCGAGGUGUGGUACUGGCGGCCAUCUAGUGGCAGAGCACGGUGGUCGUCGUGGUGGUCGGCGUGGUGGUUGAGGACUAUUUAUUGUUAAGUAAUUAUGUACUUCCUUGAGACUAUUUAUUGUUAUGUACUUAUUUUGGACUAUUUUUAAUAUGAUGUUCUUAGUGCUAUUGUCUAAAUUGAGACUUUAAAUUUAAAACCAACAAACAUCAACAACUAGUUCAGUUCAUAAAAGUCCAAACAACAACUUCAAACAACAACUUCUUCAAAUAACAACAACUCCAAACAACAACAACUUCUGCGAGAUAAAUUGAAAGAAAAACA